AUGGUGCAGCAGUGCCGUCGAGAACGUCGCUUAAACAAACCUGGCCUGGGUGUGGCGGGCAUCCUGUUGAUUGCCAUUGGAUUAGUGGGAAAACUUUGCACCGCAAAUGGGGCCAGCACGGUCCACCGGCAACGGAACGCAGCGCUGGGCAAAUCGACGCCCGCACAGCUCUACUUUGAUGCCGUUGCACCGGAAGAUCGAGAAAACUUCAUCAAAUACCAUCUGGACAGGGCGCUGGAAGGACGUUUACCCCACCACACGAGCAGCAUACCGAGGGACUUUGAGUUCAUUACCUUUCAGGAUGCGCUCGAGCCGGAACAUUUUUCCACCAACCUGUUGGAUCAUUUUAUGAUCGCUUACGGUCUGUCGGAGGUGGACGUGUACGCGUUUGUGGCGCUGAAUGUGAUCUGCUUUCCCUCCGGUUGGUGUUUCAACCCGGACGAUGUCGGUAACGUUUGCUGCCCUUUCUGA